CCAGAAUCCAAUAUAACCGCUUUGGGACAUCAUUUUGCCGAGGAGAACUCACCACCAUCAUCACAGUCCCAGCAGGAUUCCUUAACUGCCGGUUUUAGAAAUUCACAUUCUUUUCCAGCUGUUGAACAUUUGUCCCUGGAUUGUUUGGAAUAACGUUACCGUCAUCAUGUUCGAAGACUUCUCGUUCUCCUCUCCCUCCUCGUCCAGGCCACCCCGCCUCACGCCGACCCCGACGGACGACGACAAACCCAUGACUGACUGCGACGCCCUCAUCUCGCCGAUGUCCUCGCGAUGCCCUUCGCCUCGAUCAUUCGCUGCGCCGCGCUUUCCUCGUUCGCGAUCGCUUUAUUUCCGUCCGCCGCCGCAGCAACAAACACAACAAGCGCCCACCUCCGUCCCCUUCUCCGCCUACGACAAGCACCGUCUCUCCAUCGGCACUCUCACAAAAAAGCUUCACGAACACUCGAUUCAGGCUGAAAACACUCCUUCAGCUGAGAACGCUUCUUAUCCUGCAUCUCCUACAUCUCCCUCAGAACCGCAACUUCCAACUCCGCCGCGCUCCUUAUUUCCCUGCAACUCCAACUUCCCCGGCUACGUCCUCACCCCGCCGGAUACGGAUCACGAUGACGAGGGCUACGCGUCUCCGAUAUCCCCUUCGCUUUCUGGCUCUGGUUCUGCUUCAGGGGGCUCUCCAACACUUCAAUCGCCCUCGCUUAUUCCAACUCCCACCUCCGCCCCGCUAGACUGCUGUCCUGAAUUCCUACAACCGAAACCGAACACAGACCCCUCACCCACCUCCGCAUCCGUCACAGACCAAAUAUCCAUCCGCACCCGCCGCCAACACAUCUCUCGUCUUCAAGGCCAAUAUACGCCCUCGGACAUAGAAUCGAUCCGACGUGCCCUCCUUGCCGCUGCAGACGAGGAUAUGCGCCAAUCACGGUCUCAAUGGAACUUCAACCCGAAUUCCCUCCUCUCAGAAUUCUCGGAAGCAUGUCAUCCCUCCUCGUUACCGCCUACACAAGGAUCCCGCCGACGACGAACAAUCAGCUUACAGCGCUCCCGUGUGCGCUCUCCUGUUAGUCCGGACUCGACUUCCGGCCCUCCAUUUUCAGGUUCUGGAUCUGGAGAUGCACAUCAAAUGCAAACGCGGAGGAAGAGUAUGUGCACAACCAGCAAUACUACUAGUACAAGCUCCCGCAUUGAGAAGAACUACCAAUCCUCGGCAGACCGGGACCGGGAGCGUGGCCGCGGACGGAAGAAGAGCGAGGCUGGCUUGCGUCGAAAGAGCCUCGUGAGUGCAGCUUUGGCAUCAAUGAUUGAGAGUGGGGAAUCCAUAUAG